GUCUCCAUCUCCAACUACCUCUCUUCACUCAACAACCACCAUUUUGCUUUUGCUUCAAUACGCACGACAUUUGCAUCUCAAUUGCACUUCGCACACCAUGGAAGCAACCAAAAAUCUCCUCCACAAAAUCCCCGGCGUGGGAAGUAAGGAGACCGCAGCUCCACCUCGUUCCCCCUCCGCCAGCGAGCUGCAAGAGCUGAAAGACAAGUACGCAGCCGCGAAACAGGACCAAGUCUUCGCCUUCUACGAUGCUCUCGAUGAGGGAGAGAAAGCGAAACUCUUUGAGCAGCUCUCGGGCUUCGAUCCAGAGUACAUUAAUAAAAUCACGGAUAAGGCGUUGAAUCCACCCAAGGCACAGGAUGCUGCGAAGGAAACCCUCGAGCCGCUCCCCGAAUCGGCGACGGCUAGUAUCCUGGACUCGAAGGCGGAUGAUUUGGAGAGGUGGUAUGAGAGUGGUUUGGAUUUGAUUGCGCAGAAUAAGGUGGGUGUGGUGCUGAUGGCGGGUGGACAGGGGACGAGAUUGGGUAGUUCGGAUCCUAAGGGUUGCUUUAACAUUGGGUUGCUCUCUGGCAAAUCGCUGUUCCAGAUGCAGGGGGAGAGAAUCAAGAAGUUGCAGAGUUUGGCACAUAAGAAGGCGGGUGGUGGGGAGGAGAAGAUUGUUAUUCCGUGGUAUGUUAUGACUUCGGGACCUACGCGUGGACCGACGGAGAAAUACUUCCAGGAGAAUAAUUACUUUGGUUUGAAGAAGGAGAAUGUGGUUAUUUUUGAGCAGGGGGUUUUACCUUGUAUCUCGAAUGAGGGUAAGAUUCUUAUGGAGAGUAAGGGGAGAGUGGCUGUUGCUCCCGAUGGAAAUGGAGGCAUUUACCAAGCACUGAUUACCUCGGAGGUAAUUGGUGAUAUGAGAAAGCGCGGUAUUGAACAUAUCCAUGCGUACUGUGUGGACAACUGCUUGGUCAAGGUCUCAGAUCCUGUAUUCAUCGGAUUCUCCGCCUCCAAAGACGUUGAUAUCGCAACCAAGGUUGUCCGAAAACGAAACGCGACAGAGGCAGUUGGUCUUAUUCUGAUCAAGAACGGCAAACCAGAUGUUGUCGAGUACUCCGAGAUAGACGACGAGAUUGCAGAAGCCCUGGAUGCAAACCAACCUUCUGACUCCAACGCCCCACGGGUUCUAAAAUUCCGAGCCGCAAACAUCGUCAACCACUAUUACUCCUUCCGCUUCCUCGAAUCCAUCCCAGUAUGGGCACAUAACCUCCCCCAUCACGUUGCCCGCAAGAAGAUCCCAUACGUCAACACCGAGACCGGCGAGACCAUCAAGCCCGAGAAACCCAACGGCAUCAAACUCGAGCAAUUCGUCUUUGAUGUCUUCCCCAUGCUCGAGCUUGCCAAAUUCGGAUGUUUGGAAGUCAAGCGAGAAGACGAGUUCUCGCCAUUGAAGAAUGGUGCUGGUAGUAAAGAGGAUAACGCAGAGACGAGUAAGAAGGAUAUCAUGGAUCAGGGAGAGAGAUGGUUGAAGGCUGCUGGUGCUACGCUUGUUAGUGCUGGAAAGGGUGAUGGUGUUGAGGUUUCGCCGUUGAUUAGUUAUGUGAGUUUCCCCCUCUUAAUCUACAGACUUGAUCUGAACCGAGACUAAUUAUCCUAUAGGGCGGAGAGGGACUCGAGACCUUCAAGGGUAAGAAGAUCACUACUCCUGUUAUUCUGGAGUAUGAGAAACCAUAAACGCUCACCAUGAACUCCCUUGCUUUUUUGGAAAAUGAAAAAUGGGUUACGAAUAGAUUAUGCAUAACGAACGAGCGAAAGAAAAAGCAGUUAUUUUCCCCUUUUCUGGCAUCUCCACUUGACGAAUUCUUGGGAGGGUUUCAAUGGUCAAUGAUCAAAGGGAAGGGAAAGGAAAUCCUUGGAGUUCACUUUCCUCAUCAUCAGUAUCGAGUAGUGCAGAUAGAGAAAAGACGAUAUUUUGAACCACCA